AUGCCUCCUCGGAUACCUCCCUCGACAGCAUCGAUUGCACUCCCUACACCCUCCGUUCACACGCACUGCAAAUCAUGUUUCAACCGCGCCUUUUCCUCCACCCCGACCUCUCAAACCCGGCUCCGAGCUGAAAUGUUUGCAUGGCUCCAGGGCCCUGGAGCUGUUUUUAAACGACCUCUCCCCGGGUCAACAAACUACCUCUCGGCUUACGACAGACGAGGAAAUCUUUUGCGACAGCGCGACCAGCGAUCUGGCGAUUCCUCAGAAGACUCUUCAGAAAAUGCCACCCCCAGCGAGUCAGAAGAAGAUCUCAGGCCGUUCCCAAGAAACCUCCAUUUCAUCUCACAAAGCAUACUAUCAGAGGAAGUACAGCACGAAAUAUGGCACCGUGUACAAGUACUGCAAAAAUCUGUUAGACAGGUCUCUGUGGAGAUGGGGAUCGACAUGCGUAGAGUUGCAGCAGUCGUGCGGCUGAUAGAAGUCGAGAAGAAGAUGCAAGCAGAGGGUCAAGAACUCGCCAUCCCCUACGCCAAAGCGAUCCACUCGAUGGUCCCAGUCAACAGACUCAACCAAACGACACGGAGGCCGAUGGAGCAACAUGAGUCUAUCAACGACCUCGAACAGCAUCCCCUGACCUAUCCCCAACUCUUCCACCCUACCUCUGAGUCUCGUGCGUUCAACCGUACCGACGCGGGUCGUGUCUUUAGUGGCGCCCCUCGGUUGCCAGACGACCAGGACGCAGGACAAGGAGGCACACCUGCCCGAGAGCCCUGGGAGGACACGAAGCCCGAGUACGUCGGGAAAGCAGGCCACUCUCACCCCAUUUUGAAACCGGCCGACGCGCGCAUCCCCCACCCCCAAAUGAUCGCGGAUGAGCUGGACAAGCAAAACCCCAGGCUGGCUAAUGACCGUCAGAGACGCCGUCACCUGAGUGCCCAGCGUCUCGAGGAAGACGCUCGCAAGAGGAAGGAAGCCAAGGAGUUGAAGGCGCGGCUGGAAGAAGAGAACAGAACGCGUGUCGAUACAGGCCGGUGGCAGUUCAUCUUCACCAACGUCGCCGCCACGAGGGAGGGCACCAAGUUGGAUGGUCGUGGCACCAAGAGCCCCGGAUUCCGAUACGGUGUACCUUCCCAAGAGAGAAAGAAGGGACAAGUCAAGAUCCCGACCAAGGUCGAGGUCUGA